AUGCUUUCUAAGUCGAUCCCACCGCUCUCAAACAGCAAAGGUCGCAAGGACACAUGUGUUCCAGACGACACCAACAAAUGCAAGUAUAAGACCGGCAAAUGCCGUAAUGAACGUUCCAGUAAGCGCAACGGUCAGCCACAUCAGCUUUGUGUGUACCACCGCGAUAAGGCUAACAUGAUUCAGCGCAAGUUUGAUCGUCAGAAACGCGAGUCAGAGCGGUCGCUCAAGGUUCCAGUGUUGCACAAUCUUGCUUCGCCAACCUCGAAUUCGACGAAAGAUCAAUCCAAAGUCCCCAAUUUGGCUUCCAUGGCCAUAAAUACGCUUACAAAAUACACUUCCAACUCUUCGAACGCGGUGUCGUGCUUACCUUCUCGCUUGGAUGACGUCAAGAUGUUCUCUCCUGACUCAACGGAGUGUAGUCUGAACGAAAACGUCUGGGGAGACAUUCAUGUGAAUAAAUAUUCAGAUGUCGACGAGAACUUCGACGUGCCAUUGCCUCUGAGAUAUCAACAGGGGUACCUGUCUUUGGACGAGAUUGAAUUUUUGUGCUCUGCUAUCUUGGAAUAA